AGAGAGAGAGAGAGAGAAUGGAGGGAAAUAACUCAAAGAAGUUCGAAUCUACCGCUCGUGCGCCGCCGCAGUCGUCACCGGCACAGUCGGCGGGAUACGUAGUGUUUCGCAUUCUCUGUGACGUGUCUCAGGUCGGUGUUAUGAUCGGAAAAUCUGGAAGAGUGAUUAAGCAGCUUCGAGAAUCAACACAAUCCAAAAUCUGGGUCGAGAGUGGUCCUCCUGGUUCUCUGUACAGUGCAGUCACGAUUACCGCUCAUUUAGGUUCAACGCUUAGGGUAAAAUUAGGUGUUACUGUCAGUAAUGCUAGCAACAAGGAGAAAGGGGUUCAAGAACAAGAAGUUGAAGUCUCCAGAGCACAAUACGCGUUGAUUAGGGUUUUCGAAGCUCUAAAUGUUGGAUUACGGACUAGUAGUACGGUCUCAGUUAGGAUGUUAUUAGAAGGGAGCCAUGUGGUUACUGUGAUAGGUAAGGGUGGUGAGUUGCUGGAGAUGAUAUGGAGAGAAACUGGUUGUAAUCUUGAAAUACAGACACGUGAUUUGCCAAGUUUCGCAAAGCUUGGUGACGUGAUGAUGAAGAUCGAAGGAAAUGUUUCGGCAAUGAAGAAAGCUCUAGUAUCCAUAUCUAGUCGCAUGCAAGCUUGUGAGCCGAUUUCUAUUGCGCCUUUACGCAGGACUAUGAAUGUGGUUCCACGAGAAGAUGUCUUGGGUAGGUAUUUUGGAACAAUCACUCAACCAAGGAUAGAUUCUCUGUCACAGCGCAGCUCGGACCACAGACUCGUUAACUCUGCUUCAAAGAAUCACCCUGUCACCAUUAAGCAUCCUCUCCAAGCAUCAGAAGAUGAUAUCCGAAACGUGGUUCUGAAGAUACUCUGUCCGCAACAAAGUGUUAGUGCUGUUAUCAAGACUCUUCAAAGUGUGAGAGAUGCCUCCAUAAGUGUGAGUGAUACACUUUCUGACUGUGAUGAACGCUUAAUCACAAUUACUGCAUCAGAGAACCUUAAAGACGAAGACUCCCCAUCCCAGAGAGCUAUAUUGCUUGUUUUCAACAUACUAUACGAUAUUUCCACCAAAAAAAUGCUAGACAGUGCACAUAAAUUAUAUACCAUUGCACGACUCGUGGUCGGUCCAUAUCAGGUUGGAUUUUUGCUGGGAAAAGGUGGUUGUACAAUUUCUGAAAUGCGAAAAAUAACUGGCGCUUCUUUGAAUAUAUUUGAGGUUGAGAAGAACCCCAAAUGUGUCUCAGAAAACGAUCAAGUUGUGGAGAUUUCAGGAAAGUUGCCACAAGUGAAAGGAGCCAUUUACCAUGUUACCAAAAAGCUCCGCAAUAUUGCAACCAAAAGGAAAGUUACCUUUAGACCAGGGAAACGAAUAACCCUGGUUCUUCAGAUACUUUGUUCGAGAGUGGUGGUGUUAUUGGGAAAGCCGGUACCAUUGUCAGGGAUAUUCGAAUUGACACAGGGGCCUCCAUAUUUUUGGGGGAUCCACUUGCUGACUGUGAUGAACGCUUAA